AUGAAGCCUAACGUGAAACACGAAAAACCCAUUAUCCCGAUUUUGCCCCUCCACUUCUUCCCCACGAACUCGCUCGCGAGGACAAACGCGCUUGUCCCUAUCGUGGACCGUCCGAACCCGCUCAAGAAUCGAAAUCCGGCGUACAUCCAAACGUUUGUGGAAAUUGCAGUGAGGCCCCCGGAUACGGACAUGAUCAAGGAAGAGAGGAUCAAUGUGUUUUUGCGGCCCAUGUUCGAGUCCGCCAAAGUGGCGAGCACGAGCCCGCCAACAAGGCAUCCCAACAGAAAAGAAGACGAGGGCAAGCCUCUUAUGAAGGGGCUAGCGCAUUGGAGGGACCACUCGGAUACGGUGGACACGUGCACUGGAGAAUCCCAGGACAGCGAUGACGAUGAGUUUCUAGGAAGCUUGCACAACAAUUCAACAUUACUCCAUUUAGGCUCCUUAUCGGUAAAAACGGCGAUAAAAGUUUGUUGCGCGUCGAAAAACCACGCAAUCGAGACUAAGAUGGUUUGGAGAAAUUGUCUCCACCCGAAACCACCCAAGUAUUGCUCGAUUGUGUCGUCUAGAGUUCGGGGCUGGUGGUGCACGUGCACCAGCUCCGGCGGGGUUUGA